AUGGACAAAAAAAACACAGACUCCAGCCAGACACAACAGCAGCACCAUCAGCUGCAGGCAAAAUCGAAACUCAUGAAGAAAGAAAUCAACUACUCUUCAGUAACUUGUGGGGCAAAAAUAGUUCAGGCUAACCCUGAGUCACAGAAUCCUUCAUUCAUUUUGUAUGAAAAUAAAGACCAGUAUAUGAACAACCCAUGUUUUGCUAAAAAAGGGUUUGUGGUGGAGUUGUGUGAGUCGGUUCAAAUUCAGUUACUAGAGCUUGGGAAUUUGGAAUUUUUUUCCUCUCUCCCUGAAACAUUUGACAUCCACAUCAGUGAGAGGUUCCCAACGAAAGAUUGGGUGCACCUCGGCACCUACCAUGCCAGGGAGGAGAGGGUUGUCCAGUCAUUCAGGAUAGAAAGUGGACCAACUACCUAUGUUAAAUAUAUUAGGAUUGAUAUCGUCAGUCACUAUGGCAAUGAGCAUUUCUGUCCGCUGAGUAUACUAAGAGUGUUUGGAGUGAGUAUGGAUGACGAUGAGGAGGUAGAGAUGAGAGAUGAUGAAGUCGACCACGCAGACAUCAUUGAUGAUAAUGCUGCUGAUGAUAAUGCAAAACAACAGCAACAACCCAAUCUCUUCAAGAAAGCUACUGAUUACACUUGCCUCCUAAAUACUUCCAGAUACAGUCAUCAGCUUGAUGAAAACAGUUCUGCCAUCAACGACAACAACAACAACAGCAACCAUCCCCUGCUCAUUGCGUUAACGUUAGGAGAGUUAAAUGACACAUUCCAACAUAAGAUGCUAUAUUGCUCUUGGGAUUUUAGAUGUUUGGAUGUGAUAUACAAGUCAGCAGCUUUGUUACUGUGGGAUGAUUUCUGCCGGUAUUAUAUAUCUAUGGUUGCUUUUAAACCAUCGUCGUCGUCAUCUUCUUCUACAUCGUCGUCAUCAUUUUUAACGUGUCCAAUGCUUAUUCCCGCGUCGUCAUCAUCAUCUCCAUCAUCAUCGACAAAAGAUGAAAUGAUUAACUCUCUGGAUGACGUCAACAUCGUAAAUGAUAGCAACUACGCAGCUGCUAUUAGCAGUGAAACAAUCACAUCAAACCUAGCGAAAACAACUAUCGAAUCGAACUCACAUUCAUAUGAUAUCCAUCAUCGUCAUGAUGAUGAUGAUAAAAAUGAUAACAUUGCUGAUGAGGAUAGAAAGUUGCCCGCUUUGGAAAGCAAUGAUAAAAUCAUUAACUCUGACGAUGCUGUACUUAGCGUAGCUGAUGAAGUUUUUAAAGAUGAUGAAAAUUUGAGUAGCCGACUAGCAACUGAUCAGAUAACUCCUACAUCUCAUGAUAAAAUUGAAUGUCUUCAUUGUGGAAGCCACUCCGAAAAUAUUAAAGAUGAUCAUCAAAAUGUUAUUACUGCUGCAGAUGAUAAUGUUCCUAGUAGCAGUAUCGGUGGUGGUAGUGUCAGUGAUUCAAAUGCAUCUCUUCGAGAUGAAACUGUUGGCGUUCAACAACAACACCACGAUAGCAAUGAACAUUCAAAACAUAGCACCCAACAACGACAAACAGUCGACAAAGAUGCAGUGGCGACACACACUACAACAACUACCACAACGACAUCAACAACUGCAACUCAUAAACAACAAAAUCAGCAGCAGCACCAACAACAGCAACAACAACAGCACGAACACAGCAAUGCAGAUAGUACCUCAGACUCGCCAUCUUCCUCGUCAUCGCAGUCUUCACCACCGUCAUUGACGUCAGCGAAGUUGGAACCUUUAAAAGAUUAUGAGCUUGCUUCAGAUGGAUCGGUUGAUGAAAUAACUUACCACAAGUUACCCAGUAAGGGUAAGGAGUCAAUUUUUGUCAAACUGAGGAACAGAGUGAAACAUUUGGAGGAUAAUCUCAACCUAACAAAUACAUAUUUAGAGGAAUUGAGCCAGAGCUAUAAGAAGCAAUCGGAGGAAAUGUACACAUCACUGAAUAAGACAAUCUCUAAACUAAUCAACACUGCCAAAUCGGCUGAAGACAGGGAUUUGAAGCAGCAAGAUAGAAUACAAAACUUGGAGAUUAAGUUUGCCAACCAGUCAAUUCUCAUAUCUGUCAUACAGAAACAACUGCAGGACACACAUUCACAGGUGGUGGAGAGGCACUUGCUGAUGAUGUUUAUAGAAUUCACAAUGUUCCUCUUGCUCCUCUCAUACUUUUACAACUACAAAUGUCGCAACUGUCGUCUCCAACUGCAACCAUUGGACAACACUGAAUGCUCCAUUAAUUUGCAGAACCACACAGAUAACGCUGGUACACCAAGUACUAUGCCAAAUAAUCUUUCUAGUGUUGAUGUUGAUAUUAGUAGCACCAGCAACAACCUGAACGCACAAAACAACUGCAUCCUUCCCAAUGGUCCUAAUCGUGAUCGCCACCACCAUCGCCAUCAUGGUUGGUCCUCUAAGAAGUACGUGUUAACGUUAGCUGCCCUUGAAAAGUUCGAAAGAUUCAAGUUGGAGAUGAUGGAGAAGGAAAAGGAAAUGAAGAAAAAGAAGAAAGAAGAAUUAAAUAAAAGAGAGGCAUUAAUAAAAGAUGGCCCCAACAACCUCCCCUUGAAAACUUACGCGAUAAACAAGGAUUUUUACAAAUUAGUUCCCGAAUGUUCAACCUCUGCAAGCAUGUCUCUAUGCUCGAAGAUUAAUCACAAAAGAAUAAAAACCUUAAGUACGUGUGAGAACAGUGUGAACGGUGUGAACGAAUAUCACGUGACCAGCGCUGUUGAUGAUACGGAUAAUGAUGGGGAUGAUGACAACUCUGAGUACAACAGCUGUCUUGAUGACAGUUGUUGCGGCGAAAUUGAAGGUCCAACUAAUUACUACCCGCCAUCUCAUCAUCAUCAACACCAUCUUUGUCGUCGUCGUCAUCUUCCCAUUUCCUCGUUAUGUUUUUCUUCUACUCCUAAGAAGCUUCCUGGUGUCUUGCAUGGAAAGGAUUGUGACGACAAUCCGAAUGAUAUCAGCAUCGGUGAUAUUCAUCAUCACGUCUCAAAAAGUUCAACUGUCUCUUCAACAGGCAACUCUUCAGUGACUGAUUUCUCAACUGAACAAUUUUCAACAGACAAAAACCAUCUUGAAAAUGGUUGCGGUGGCGACGAGUUGACGAACCGGAGACAUAAUUCGUCGCGUUCUGAGACGAGACAUGUUGAUAAUGAGCUGCUUCGAAGGAAGAGGCAGUGCUGUUUCAGAAGGGGAUUUCAUUGGGCCAGUUGCGUGCGUAGACAUCACGUUAGACAUAACCAGAACAUGUUUCAAAUUCAUUUUUAAAUCGUUACAUAGGUGCAUAUUUUGUUUUAUAUAAUUUAGCAUUGGGUUUUUUUUUAUUUAUUCAUUGUAUACUUAUUUUUCGAGCAUCCUUUGUAUAAUAUCAUAUAUUUUAUUGUUACAAUAGUUUAUGCCUAACAUUAACAAAUUUAAUACAAAUUUGUCAAUUGCUUGUUUUAAAACUUUUUUUUUAUCUUGAAAUUGAUUAAAUAUAUAAAAAUGAUAAACAUUGUGGAAAUAUAACAAUUUGUUCAAAUAACUUCAACUGCAUAAUCUUAUUUAAUGUUAUCUUCUUUUUCCCAGAUUUAUUUUCCAUUUAUUUCUUUAAUAUUAUGUAAUUUAAUAAAUAAUUUUAAUGUGGUUGUU